AUGGAAUCAUCCGCGUCCGGUUCAGGAGAAUCGCAAAAUCAAAAAAGAAGUGUUAUUUGGAUGCAUUUCACCAAUAUAUCGGAAGCUAAUGCAAAGUCUAAUCUUUGUAAAAAUAUUUAUUCGCAUAAAAAUGGAAACAUUAGCAAUUUAAGGAAGCAUUUGAAAACUAAACAUCCGACUCUUUCAUUGGAAGGAGAAAGGGCAAAACGGCGGGUGGAAGACGAAAAUAUGCCUAGGUGCAAAAAGAACUUAGUUUCAGUAGUUGUACUGGCAACUUUGUAUGAAUGUGUAAUAUCACUACGACUAUGCAUCGAGUAUUUGUAA